AAUCAGAAGAGUUUAUUGUCUUUAGAUUGUAGGAUUAGAUGUGAAAUCAAUCAAAAGAAUAGAAAUGGAAGCUCUGUUGUGCAGAAAACUGGGUGAUCCAACGGUGUGUGUGGAAGACGAUUCUAGCCCAAUAUUUGUGUCAAAGAAUCACCCAAUUCCUGAACUGGAUUCUCCCACUGCGGUGAGAGUGAGGAUUAAAGCCACAAGCUUGAAUUUUGCAAAUUACUUGCAGAUACUGGGCAAGUACCAAGAGAAAGCCCCUUUGCCAUUUAUCCCUGGAUCCGAUUAUUCUGGAAUCGUUGAUGCCGUUGGCCCUAAAGUUUCCAACUUUCGAAUUGGGGACCCCGUUUGUUCCUUCGCCCCUCUUGGCUCUUUUGCUCAGUUCAUCGUUGUUGACCAGUCCCAAUUGUUUCGAGUGCCAGAAGGUUGUGAUCUUGUUGCUGCUGGAGCACUUGCUGUGGCAUUUGGCACUUCUCAUGUAGCACUUGUCCAUAGAGCUCAAUUAACCUCUGGUCAGGUGUUGCUGGUUUUGGGUGCAGCAGGAGGUGUGGGCCUUGCAGCUGUGCAAAUUGGAAAAGCAUGUGGUGCCAUUGUCAUUGCUGUUGCUAGGGGAGCUGAAAAGGUGCAGCUCUUGAAAUCGCUUGGUGUUGAUCAUGUAGUGGACUUGAGUAAUGAAAAUGUUACUCAGAGUGUCAAUGAGUUUCUUAAAGCUAGAAGGCUUAAAGGGAUUGAUGUCUUGUAUGACCCGGUUGGAGGCAAGCUUACUAAAGAAUCUUUGCGGCUUCUGAAAUGGGGAGCUAACAUUCUGGUAAUUGGGUUUGCAAGUGGAGAGAUUCCUGUCAUCCCUGCCAACAUAGCUCUUGUUAAGAAUUGGACAGUGCAUGGCCUUUAUUGGGGUAGCUAUAAAAUACAUCGGCCGGCUGUUCUUGAAGAUUCUCUGAAGGAGCUACUGUCUUGGUUGGCAAGAGGCUUGAUUUCCAUCCACAUUUCUCAUUCUUACCGCCUUUCAGAGGCCCACCUCGCAUUUUCUGCCAUCAAGGAUAGGAAAGUUAUUGGGAAGGUGAUGAUUGUUUUUGAUGACAAAUUUACAAGAUCUAAGCUCUAACUCUGCCAAAAUUCCGCUACAUGGUUGAAGAAUUUGUUACAGGGACUAGGAGAUGUUACUAUUGUAGGUAACAAAAUAAAGGAAGCAAUAAUUGCGCAAUUAUUAUGUAAAAUAAUAACCCCCUCCCUUUCCUUAUCCUCUCCCGGUAACAGCCUCUGCAUCGUUAUGUAAAUCUUUAACUGCUAAAAUUGGAUUUUAUUUCAUUUUUUUUUUCUUCAAAUUUUAGUACUGCUUUCGUUACAUGAU